AUGGAUCGAUCAAUCGCCCCAAGACCGAUCGAAGCCAUCCUCGUCGAUCUCAAGUCUAGAUCAGACGAGCUCCGCUCCCGUGCUGCUCAUGAAGUCCAACAAUUUGUUCUCACCUCCUCUCGAGGAGUAACGGGCGACUCGUUUACAAAAGUCUACAAUGAAGUCAGUGGCCGGAUCCAAAUCGCAGUAUCAUCAAAUGACAUGAACGAAAAAUUGGGCGCCCUCCAAGCAAUGGAAAAGCUCAUCGACAUCAUGGGCGAAGAUACCACCAGGGCUUACAAACUAGUUUCUUAUGUUCAGAAAGUUUUGCCCUGCCAAGAUCCGCUAGUCAUGGGCUAUGCGGCCAAAAUAUUCGCCCGGCUCUGCUCGAAAGGCGGCAAUCUCAUGUUGGAAAACGUCCGAAAACAGCUGGUCCGGGUCAUCGAAUGGCUACAGGGUGAGCGAAAAGAAGAACGAAGACAUGCCGCCGCCCUCCUACUGCGAGAGAUGGUCCGGGUGCCUCCUUCGAGUGUGAUCUAUGACGCCUUGCCCGAUCUACUCGACAAUCUGUGGACUGCGAUGCGUGAUCCCAAAGUGGUCAUCCGAGAAGUGGCCUCAGACGCUCUGGCUGGUCUACUGUGUUUUACCUCCACUCGUGAAAGUACCACUCGGGAUGAAUGCUUCUCGAUGGUUCUACAGCAGGCCCAGAAAGGCUUUAAACUCGGCACUUCUGAUGCCAUCCAUGGUAGCCUGUUGGGAAUUAAAGAAUUAAUCCUCGAAGGUGGAGCUUUCAUGCGACCGAGGUUCCACGAAAUCUCCGAUCAAGUUUUGACGUAUAAAGAUCAUCGCGAGGCCCUAGUCCGACGGGCAGUAGUCGAACUGAUACCCACCUUGGCUUCUUACAACUCCGCUGAAUUUUCCUCGACAUAUCUUUAUCAAUGUAUGAUGUAUCUUAUCGAACAACUACGCAAGGAUCGGGAUCGGACCACCUCGUUCUACGCAAUCGGUCACGUCGCCGUAGCCGUCAAGCAGCAGAUGUCUUUAUAUCUCGAGGCCGUUUUGGCAUCCAUCAAGGAAGCUUUAGUCAAUCGGGGCAAAAAGAACAGUCCUUCCGAAGCCUCCAUCUUCCAUUGCAUUAGCAAGUGUGCUUCCGCCGUGGGGCAAGCAAUGACCAAGCAUAUGCACGAAUUACUCGAAUUGAUGUUUUCCAACGGUCUCAGCGAGCCUCUUAGGGCAGCACUAGUUGAUUUGGCACGGUUCAUCCCCCCUCUGCUGCCCAUUGUCCAAGAGAAGUUGCUUGACCUGCUUGCGGUGACACUCUCCGGAGAAAAAUUCAAGCCUCCUGGGAUGCCGAUCAAUUGGAAGGCUGCUUCCAAUCCCACUGACCUCAGCGCCAUGGAGACCGAUCGAGCGACCGUUACUCUGGCGCUGAAAACCUUUGGUACAUUCAACUUCAAAGGGCAUCGGCUGAAUGAAUUCGUGAGGGAUGUCGUGAUUCGAUAUGCAGAUGACGAGUCACCAGAUGUUCGGCAAGCUGCUGCCACUUGCUGCGCCCAAAUUUUGGCCCGGGAUCCAAUUAUCCAUCAAAAUUCAUCGUAUGCUAUCAAGCUGAUAUCCGAUGUCCUAACCAAGCUACUCGCUGUCGUAAUUGCCGAUCCGCUACCGUCGAUACGCCAGUCUACUCUUUUAGCCUUAGAUCCGAAAUUUGACCGUUUUUUGGCCCACCCUAACAACAUCAAACAGCUAUUCAUUGUACUAAACGACGAGGUUCAUGUGAUCCGAGAAUCUGCUAUUAAGACCAUUGGACGACUCGCCAAGCGUAACCCGGCUUACAUCGUACCGAAUCUCAGGAAAACUUUGAUCCAACUUUUGACAGACCUCGAAUAUUCAAGUGACGUCCGGCGCAAAGAAGAAAGUUCUAAUCUCCUAGCCCAUCUUAUCAGCUGUUCAAAAAGUCUCACCAAGCCAUACGUGGCCCCCAUGCUGAAAGUUUUAUUACCGAAGGCUCGGGAUUCGAACCCUGCUGUAGCUUCUUCAAUCAUGAUGGCUCUGGGCGAGUUGGCACGAGUAGGAGGAGCCGAGGUCUCCAGCCAGACAGGCACUAUUAUGCAUUUGAUUAUGGAUACUUUGAAAGAUCUUUCAUCGACGGGAAAACGAGAAGCAGCCUUGAAAACUCUGGGUCAGCUCUGCUCAAAUACGGGCUAUGUGGUCGAGCCUUACUUUGACGAGCCAACGCUCUUACCAAUUAUCACAUCGAUUUUGAAGACCGAAGCAUCAAGUCACGUUCGCAGAGAAGCGUUGCGAGUCUUAGGAAUUCUGGGCGCCCUAGAUCCCUACAGAAACACUGCAUUGGACCAAUUCGGCUGCAGUGGGAUCGCCCUUGGAAUUGGGUCUUCUUUGGAUUUGGCCCCUAUUCUCACCGACCCCUCUCAUCCUGACCAGAUUGGUUCUUCGAAUGAAAACUAUUAUCCCACCGUUGCAUUUUCGGCCUUGCUAUCAAUUCUUCAAGACUCGAGUUUGUCGCAUCAUCACGCCGCUGUCGUACAGGCCAUCAUUUACAUAUUCCGAUCGCUCAGAUUGAAGUGUGUAGGAUUUCUUCCCAAAGUGAUUCCAGCAUAUCUAAGUGCUAUGCGUCUCUGCAAUGUGGCUUUACAGGAAUAUUACUUUCAGCAACUUGGUUAUUUGAUUCAGAUGGUCAAGCAUCACAUCAGGAAUCAUCUCCCGUCCAUUGUCACCCUGAUCCACGAGUUUUGGAGCAUGAAUAACACAUCGAGUAGCACCGGCGGUGGCACCGUGGCUGGGGGAUCUGGAACAGGCGGUAAUGUGAGCGGAGGGGUUGGCGUUUCCGCAACCGGCGGGCUGAAUGAAAACGGUAUCGUCACCGCCACCCGACCAAGCGGCUCGACACUUUUGACGGUCAUCGUAGAUCUGAUCGAGUCUAUAGCACUAGCGCUAGAAAGUGAAUUCCGGACGUACCUCCCUUCAUUCCUACCGCUUCUCAUCGAUUCGUUUGAUUACAGCAACACAGUCGCAGCAUCCGGAAGUCUAAGCUCAGGAACGGCAAGUGGAGCGUCAGAAUCGUCAAGUAGCUUUCUGGAGAAGAAAUAUCAAACUCUUAAUCACAUCCUGAAAGCGUUUCAGACAUUCGGCAACAACUUGGAAGAUUAUAUUCAAUUAGUUUUGCCUUGCCUGAUCAAGACAAUCGAAAAACCCGAGUUGCCACUUAGCUUGAGGAAGAACGCUAUCAUCACAUUGAAUGUGUUGAGUAUGAAGAUCAAUUUGAUUGAUCAAGUUUCGAGAGUCAUCCACCCUCUGAUCAGAGUGGUUAACGUUGGUAACAACGAGUUGAGGAGCUUGACGAUGGAUGCGAUAUGUAGUAUCCUCAUUCAGAUCGGGCCCGACUUUGUUAUCUUUCUGUCGACAGUCAAUCAUGCCUUGACUCAAGCACGGUACUCACAUCCAUUAUACGAAUCGCUGGUUUUGAAACUACUGAAGGGGGAGACCUUGCCAGACCCUAAUUUCAACAAACCUCAAGCGAAUGUAACAGUCGAGUCCGACAUCGCACCAGAUGCCGGAACGACCAAGUUUCAAGUGAAUCAACAGAACCUAAAAUCUGCUUGGGAAACAUCGACAGUCAAGAAGCCGAAAUCUGAGGAUUGGAAAGAGUGGAUCAAGCGGCUUUCCGUCCAAUUAUUACAAUCUUCCCCAAGUCACUGUCUGAGGGCUUGCGCCAAUCUAUCAAGUGUCUACCCGCCAUUGGCCAGGGAGCUUUUCAAUGCAGCUUUUGUGUCUUGCUGGAUGGAGCUAUUUGAACGAUAUCAGCUCGAAUUAGUCGCGGCCAUUCAGAUUGCACUCUCUUCGCCGACAAUUCCUCCCGAAAUCACUCAAACUCUUCUAAACCUGGCGGAAUUCAUGGAACACGAUGAAAAAGUCUUACCGAUCCGGAUCAGUACCUUGGGCAUGUAUGCUCAAAAGUGUCAUGCAUUUGCGAAAGCCUUACACUACAAGGAAAUCGAGGCGUUCACAGAACCCACAGCGGAUACGCUGGACAGUCUGAUUCAGAUCAAUCAGCAUUUGCAGCAACCAGACUCGGCCCAGGGGGUGUUAACGAUGGCUCAACAGCGCUUCGGGAUGGAGAUCCGGGAGGAAUGGUUCGAAGAACUUGAACGCUGGGAGGACGCCUUAAACAGUUACACCCGAAAGCUAGAAGAAGACCCAAAAUCGAUCGAUGCCAUCCUAGGCGGAAUGAGAUGUCUACAUGCGCUAGGAGAAUGGGAAUCUUUGUCGGAACUUGCUCAGGAUAACUGGGAGAGCUCAUCAAACGAGGUCAAGCGGACCAUGGCUCCAUUGGCGGCUGCGGCUGCUUGGGGAUUGGCGCAAUGGGAUAGUAUGGAUAGCUAUAUCAACGUUUUGAAAUCCGAUUCUGCUGAAAAGGCUUGGUUUAAAUCCAUCCUUUCCAUCCAUCGUGGUCAACAUUCGGUUGCUCAGAAACUUAUCAACAAAGCUCGUGACACACUGGACACUGAGCUCUCGACUCUCUUGGGCGAAAGUUAUAGUCGUGCCUACAAUCUCGUUGUCAGGGUUCAAAUGCUUUCGGAGCUCGAAGAAAUCAUAGCCUAUAAGGAGUGUAAGGACGAUGACCCAAGCAAACAGCUGCAGAUCCAGCAGACUUGGAUGAAGCGGCUAAAAGGCUGCCAACGCGACGUCGAAGUUUGGCAGAGAAUCCUGAAGGUCAGAGCCUUAGUUUUGACACCAAGAGAAGACGUAGGGAUGUGGAUCAAGUUCGCAGGGCUGUGUCGCAAGUCGGGAAGGCUAGGACUUGCCGAGAAAACUCUGAAUUCCUUGAUGAGUGAGAACAUCGGCAAUGGUCUUGAAUCGCGUGGUCCACCUUUGGUGAUUUACUCGCACAUCAAAUACAUGUGGGGUUCUGGAGCGAAACACGAUAGUUUGAUGUACCUGAAAGAUUUUACGCUUCGACUGAGUGAAGAUGUAUUUGAUCACCGAGAUCUGAGUGAAGAAGACUUUGAACAACAGAGUCGACGAGUCGGACAUCAGCGACUUUUAUCUCGUUGUCAUCUGAAACUUGGCGAAUGGCAAUCCCAAUUGCAGGAGGAUUGGAGCUCGCCAGCAGUUGCAGAAAUCCUAGAAUCGUACAAACUUUCAUCAGAACUCGAUCCAGAUUGGUAUAAAGCUUGGCAUGCGUGGGCCUUGGCGAAUUCGAAGGUGGCUUCCCAUUACGAGCGCAACCAGGAUGCCAAUUCGGUCCCAGCUGAGAUCGUCCAAUACCAUCUAGUCCCGGCCGUUCUAGCGUUUUUCAAAUCGAUCGCUCUGUCACCCGGCAAUGCACUCCAAGAUAUCUUGAGAUUACUCGGGAUUUGGUUUAAGUACGGUGAUCACCAAGUAGUCGCGAAUGCUAUCCAAGAUGGUUUCGGCAACGUUAGCAUCGACACCUGGCUGGAGGUCGUUCCUCAGUUGAUUGCACGGAUCCAUGCCCCCAGUGCCAACGUUCGACGUCUUAUCCACAACAUCUUAUGUGAUGUUGGUAAAGCCCACCCGCAAGCAUUAGUAUACCCGCUGGUAGUGGCGUCUAAAUACCCCAACGAACCUAGAAGGAAAGCAGCGCUCGACAUAAUCACCAAGAUGAAGAUGCACAGUGCACUUCUCAUCGAACAGGCCUUGUUGGUCAGCAGUGAAUUGGUCAGAGCCGCGAUCUUGUGGCCCGAAAUGUGGUAUGAGGGCUUGGAGGAGGCAUCCCGAUUGUUCUACGGAGACCAUAAUAUCGACGCAAUGUUUGCCACUCUGGAGCCGCUACAUGACCUAUUGGAGAAGGGCCCUGAAACGAUUCGGGAAUCACAUUUUGCCACGACUUAUGGUCACGAUUUGUCGGAGGCUCGUGCUUGCUGUCGGAAGUACAGAGAGCGAGGGGAUGUGAGCGAUCUCAAUCAGGCAUGGGAUUUGUAUUACCAGGUCUUCCGCAGUAUCGCGAAAUCUCUUCAGAUGACCCAUAUGCUUGACAUGCAGACUGUCUCUCCACCCUUAUUGGACGCUCGCGAUCUUGAAAUUGCUGUUCCAGGUACUUACCGCAGUGGCAAGCAAGUGAUCACAAUCGGGUAUAUCUCACCGAUCUGCAAGAUCAUGGGAUCUAAACAAAGGCCUCGAGAGUUGUCGAUCGUUGGCAGUGAAGGUCGAUGUUACCGAUUCUUGUUGAAAGGACACGAGGACUUGAGACAAGAUGAACGGGUGAUGCAGUUGUUUGGAUUGAUCAAUACUCUCCUCUCCAAGGAUCCCGAAACUUUCAAGAGACAUCUGAACAUUCGGCGAUAUGCGGUCAUUCCCCUGGCUCCUAAUUCUGGGUUGUUGGCUUGGAUCGAAAACACGGACACACUCCAUGUAUUGAUCAAGAAUUACCGAGAAGGCCGAAAGAUUCUGCUGAACAUUGAAGCACGAUUAAUGCAACAAAUGGCGAUCGAUCACGAACGGUUGUGUUUGACACAGAAAGUCGAGGUUUUUGAAUAUGCGAUGGAUAAUACUACCGGGCAAGAUCUAUAUCGGGUUUUGUGGCUGAAGAGCAGGAAUUCUGAGGCCUGGUUAGAUCGACGAAUCAAUUACUCUCGAUCUUUGGCUGUGAUGUCAAUGGUUGGACACGUUUUGGGCUUGGGAGAUCGACAUCCAUCGAACUUGCUCUUGGAUCGAGUCACCGGAAUGAUUAUUCACGUUGAUUUCGGAGACUGUUUCGAAGUAGCAAUGACACGAGAGAAAUGGCCUGAAAAGAUACCCUUCAGAUUGACAAGGAUGCUCGUCCAAGCGAUGGAGAUAAGUGGGGUUGAAGGGACGUUCAGAAUCACUAGCGAAAAUACGAUGAGGGUAAUGAGAUCAAACAAAGAAAGUAUCAUGGCUGUCUUGGAGGCUUUUGUGCAUGAUCCUUUGAUCAAUUGGAGGUUGGUCAAAGGCGGAAGGCAACUAGAUGAACGAGAAGGCGGUGCAACCAACCAUGCGGGCCCCCGAAUGCGUCGACCGAGAGAGGUCGAAACCAAUUUAUACGAUACUGCCCAGGCUGAAGUUCUCAAUGAUAAAGCAUUGACAGUCGUCAAUCGGGUCGAACAAAAACUCACAGGGAGAGAUUUCAAACCCAAUGAAGAACUGAGCGUCGCCAAUCAGGUCAAUAAGUUGAUCUUGAAAGCUGUUUCUGCUGAAAAUUUGGCACAAUGUUUUACCGGAUGGUGUCCAUUUUGGUGA